AUGGUCUGUACCCUUCAUUUCCAGGUUUUUGUCACAGCUGAUUAUGUGGCGGAAGAUCCGGAGCGAUUCGAGCGUAAUAUCUACUUACUUCGAAAGCAAGCUGUCAACAAUAUGGCCAAACAAAGUGUUGACUGCUACAUAUGUUCACUUAGUACAACGACGAUUGUGUACAAGGGCCAAUUCAAUACUCAUCAACUGUAUCUGUACUAUGAUGAUCUAAGGAAUCCUGAAUUUAUUACGCACAUAGCUCUUGUGCACUCGCGUUUCUCGACUAACACUCUACCGAGCUGGCCGAGAGCUCAACCAAACAGUUUCUUUUACAGAAUGGUGGCUCACAAUGGAGAGAUUAACACUUUACGUGGUAACAUUAAUUUAAUGCGAGCUCGUGAAGGAGUGAUGUCAAGCUCCUUGUAUGAAGACGACUUGGGGAAGUUGUACCCGGUUGUUGAAGAGGGUCUAACUGAUUCCGGAUGCUUUGACAACGUCUGCGAAUUCCUUGUCAAGGCAGGACAACGGUCUCUGCCUGAGGCAGCGAUGACUAUGGUACCGGAAGCGUGGGAGAAGGACGAGAAAAGAAUUCUUUCAGCUUUGUUGGCAUUUUCUGAUGGGCGGUACGUUGGUGCGAUCCUGGACCGAAACGGUUUGCGCCCAGCUCGCUAUUACCUAACUGCCGAUGAUCACCUCUACCUUUCAUCAGAAGUUGGUGUCAACGACCACGACGUUGAAUCAAUCGUAAAAAAGGUGUGCGAAAUCGCUUUGCUUAACCAAUAUUUUAUUCGCACACACCAUCGAACAAGAAAAGAGAAAGAGAGUGAGAUCAGUUGUAAAGCGAGGAAGGACAUGUGUUGUACGAGUCGUCUACAUCGUUUAUAGCU